AUGAGGGAUGUUCUGAACAAUACUUUUAAAGGAGGAGCUUUGGUGUGGGAAGCACCACCUGUUGGGUGGUUGAAAAUUAAUGUGGAUGCUGCUUGUUUUGAUUCAGGAAUGGGGACGGGGUGUGAUGUUGUUGAACGAAACCAGACAGGUGCUUGGGUUUCUGCUUUUACGAAUAGAAAGGCAGAAUGUUUAUCUCCAAUUGUGGCUGAAGGUUGGGCUCUUAAGGAGGCUCUUUCUUGGAUCAAGAGUGUAAAAAAGCAGAAAGAUUGUGUUAGUUUGUUGAAUUCCUUGGUUGAUAUUAAGGUUAUUUUUGUUUAUCAUUUUGCGAAUUGUGUUGUUCAUAGUCUUGCUAGAGCCACGUAUUCCAUGACAGGACGAAAGGUAUGGGUGGAUAGUCCACCAUACUUUCUUACCGAUGUAUUACGCGCUGAUUAUCCUUAA